AAAAAAUGGCUAGACAGUCGACGUCACAGGGCUCCACGUACCACUUGUAGUCAAAGUACGAGUUUAUCGUCACCUCCAGCAAUCAGCAGCCACCCGAAGCCUUCUUUGCCCCAAAUCUUCGGCAAUAGCCAGUGCAUUCCGGCAAGCAAUUGCCUCCAUCGUUGUCGGAUCGGUGAAGCCAGCGUCGAUUACGCGGGACGCUCCCAAGAAGCUGCCGUCCGCCGCCACCGCCCCUCGAACCUGCUUCUUCGCAGGAGCAGCAUCGACAUUGACCUUGACACAGCCCAUAGGGGGCGGGAUCCACUUCGGCCGGCUCGCACGAGCAGCAGUGAGUCGAUUAGAUUGAAGAUCAACUGUUUAGCAUCGGUAUCUUGUGUGCACGCAAGAUGUUUGACAAUAUGCUCCUCUGCCGGGACAUCAUACACUCCAGGAGUGCAAUAUGACGGCAAGUCUUUAAUGACGUCAGCAUUACACUAUGUAAUGAUUUUACUAUGUCAUCCAAAUAUCUACCUAAAAAGAAAACUGUCAUCAAUAUUUUCCGGUAUUUUUCUUCUGUUUUUUAGCAUUACUUUGAUGCAUAUGAUUUUUUAUCCAUAAUAAAAAGGUGAACUAUGGAUAUAUCUUUUGUUCCAUGAUCAGAAUUUUUAGUUCACUAUAGUCACGAAUUUCUUUUGCUGAAUUUGGCCAUCUUUUCGUUCAGCAGUUACAUUUUUUUUGUUUAACAUAGUCAAAUAUUUGGUGUGUUGCAAUCACGUGUUGAAAAAUGUUUUGUUCACUGCAGUAAAAUGUUUGCUUAUUCUAAAUUGUCUAUUUGUUGUAUUCAAUAUUCGGUUCAUAAAAACAGAAACGUGUGGUUUUCCCUUAAAAAACACAAACAUGUGGUUCCAACAUGUGUCGUAAAAAAUAAGUAUUUUCAGAAAUUUCCCUUUUGGGAGGCUUGUAUGCAAUCUAGCAAGCAACAACCGUUGCCAAUUUGUUUUUUUUCGAAAAGGGGGAGAUCCCUGGCCUUUGCAUCAGAACGAUGCAUACGGCCACAUUUAUUAAUAAGCAAAUAAGUUCAUCACAUGUCUUGAAGUCUCAAACAAACGAACCCAAAAAAUGCUCACAAAGAGCAGAAGAGUAAAAGUAAAACCACAACCGGCUGGCAAAAUAAAGAUUGGAAAACUAAUGGCCUAUCAUAUUACAUAACCGCCAUCCAAACCGGUUGAAAAUAACCCAUUCUACCAUCUCCCAUCGGAUAAAUCCAGUAACCAAACGCUUCCUGGCCUCCGUCGGAGUGAGUAGCGACCACAUACGGAUCAAUGCAGUGGCUCGGAAGAUAACCUGCAAAAAAUGAGUAUUUGUUGUUCUGUUAAAAACCAAAUCAUUUCUGCAGUUCCAGACUACCCAUAAUAAAGCACAUACUCCUACACGAAUGUGUCUUGCUGUUAUGGUAUCUAUCCCGUCAAGCCACGUCUCAAAUAAUGUGUUGAUAAUAUUCGGAGGAGUAAUAUUAAAAGCUAUGUGAACAGUCCGCCAUAAAUUUUUUGCCAACGGGCAGUCAAGAAAGAGGUGUUUGAUGGAUUCAUCCCGGUCACAAAAACUACAUUUUUUAGAUCCAGUCGAGUUGCGUUUUGCCAAGUUGUCCUUAGUUAAAAUGACUUGUUUGUGUACAAACCACAUAAACACUUUAACUCUCAAAGGUACUUUGACAUUCCAGACAUGUUUCGAACUAGGAAUAGAGCUAGCGUUGAUAACAUCCGGAUACAUGGAUUUAAUCGUAAACUCUCCAUUCCUAGUUAGCUUCUAGCACAACUGAUCUGGUUGUUGAGAAUAGUAUGCUAAGGGCACUCCAAUGAGGCCAUGGCAACGUCCCGUAACUUAUGCCAACUCUGCAAAAUAGUUCGUGGAUGAGAGAGAAAUAAGAAAGAAAAGAGAGGUUGUAUGUUAGACAACCAGCAAUAAUAACAAAUAUUAUUAUAUUUUCCUUGCUCCUUCUCUCAUUGUAGGUGUUGUCUUAAUAGAAAAAAAAAUACAACAACAAUUUAUUGGCAAACUUACAAAAAGAUAAUAUGGACACCACAACCUUUUUUCGAGUUCCACAUGAAGAAAAUGGCUAGCUCAACAGCCAACCACCUGCUAUACCCAUGUAAGUAUGUAAUCUCCAUGGUUCAGUUUUUUUUUAAUAUAAAGGCAGUGGUAGUUUUCUCUCACUGUCAUUCAAGGUUCAAUAAAAAUGCAAAGUUGGAGCAUUUGGAAGGGCCUUAGAGCAUCUCUAGCCGUUGGAGCCCUCAAGAAUACCACCGAACCAAAAAAGUUGAUGCCAAAUGCUUCAUCCGGCGAAAUAGAAGUGCGUGGGGAGGGCAUCUUUCCAGCCACACCCCACCCCAACCAAAAGUUUGUGAGGGAAAUGAUUAAGUGGGCCAAAAAAAAGGACAUGUGGAGAGAUACGAUUCGCCGAAACUUCCGCCGGCGCCCCCAAGAGCCCCCCAACAUGCUGGGUUUUGGUUGGGUUUGUCGGCGCUAUUUUGACGUCCUGGGGGCGCGCUGGGGCGUGGCCGGGCCAUUUUUCGGCAAAAAAAACUGUCCGAGUCUAAAACCGAGUCUAAAAAGGUGUCCUCAGGGGCGUCCUGGGACCGAGUGGAGAUGCUCUUAGAAUGAUGGGUUACUUAUCUUAUAGGGAUGAUACAAACAGUGCUACUUUGGAAUUUGCUCGUUCCUUUCUGCUAUAAACAAUUUGGCAAAACCUGAAGCAGAAUUAGAGCAAAAGAAAUUAUGUCUGAUGAGCAUACACUUGGAUUACAAAAGAACUAGAAUGAGUACAACAUCAGAUGAACGAUGUAAUUCUAUCCAAGAUCAAUCUUUGCUGAAUUCAACGAAAGUCGCAGUGUAUGCAAUUACAACCUCCUUUUUGAGGGUCUUACGCAUGAGGAAUCUUUGAGAUUCCCUAAAGACUUGGUGUUAAGAUCGUAGAAAUGAGGGGAUCGCACUAGACCACCAGCACCAAACCGACCAUGGCGAAAGUUACCACGCACAUGGGUUGUCGACAAACCACGUGCAGACUUUAGGGAAACUGGGAAUAAUCAAGACUUCUUCCUCUCUCAGUCAUGGAAAAUCUGCAGGCACACAACCAUUAAUUAAUCAGUAGAGGUACAUUUUUUGGAUCACCACAUGGUCAUUCUGUAGCUUGCUAGCGACUUGAUCCAGUGCAUGUGCUCUGUAGCUCAGAUCGGCAUCAGCUGCAGAGGUGUGCUCGUCUUAUACAUGACAGCAUCUCGUUGACGCCAGGAAGCCACACUCCGGCAGCUGCAGCGAAUUUAUGCAGGUCGAGGCUAGCUGAGAUCCAUGGCGUCGAGCAGGGCGAUCUUGGCCAUGGGCCUCCUUGCCGCCGUGCUGUCCCCCGCCUUGUCAAAGCGGUCGUUUAUCUCCAUGCCAGCCGACGUGAGUAGUCCUGUGACCCUGGCCAACGGCCUCUCCUACGGCUACCACGCCAACUCCUGCCCGCAGCUGCAAGACAUCGUGUGGCCGAUCGUGGAGAGCGCGGUCCUGGGUGAGGUGGCCAUCGCCGCCGGCCUCCUCCGUAUCUUCUUCCACGACUGCUUUCCUCAGGGAUGCGAUGCGUCCGUCCUUCUGACGGGACCCAACAGCGAGCGGGACCUGCCGCCGAACCAGACGCUGCAGCCGCGUGCGAUGCAGCUCAUCGAGGACGUCCGCGUCAAGGUACACGCCGCCUGUGGCGCCACCGUCUCCUGCGCCGACAUCAUCGCCCUCGCCACCCGCGACGCCGUCUUCGUGGUACGUGCACACGUCGGUCGCUGCUGUUGUACUGUACAACGAAAGCAUCUCCCUACCUCACUCGCGAAAGAACCUAUGCAGGCCGGGGAAAGCGAAAUGUUCUACUUCUACGACCUGCCGCUCGGCCGGUUUGACAGCCUCGAGCCGGCUAAUAGCAGCGCCGUCUUCGACCUCCCGCAGUCCACUGCCGACGCCGACACGCUCAUCAACGCCUUCAAGAGCCGCAAUCUCGAGCCCAUUGACCUCGUCGCGCUCUCUGGCGCGCACACCGUCGGGAAGGCGCACUGCAGCUCCUUCAACAACCGCUUCUCCGAGGACGCCGACUUCGCCAGGAGGCUCGCCGCCAACUGCUCCAGCGACCAGAACCGGCUGCAGGACCUCGACGUAGAAACCCCCAUCGUGUUGGACAACCAGUACUUCAAAAACCUGAUGGAGGGAAAGGGGGUGUUCACCUCCGACCAAGUGCUCAUCAGAGACGGGCGCACCGACUGGGCGGUCAAAGGCCUCGCCGAGAACAAAUGGUGGUUCUACAGCCAGUUCCGUGACUCCUUGGUGAAGCUGAGUCAGUACCAACCCGGAGGAAACGUGGGCGAGAUCCGCCGCAACAGCUGCUUCGCGCCCAACGGACAGAGCAUUCCCGCCACCGCCGGUGACGAGGGGUUUGCAGCCUCUGCUUGAGUUCACCGCUGACUACGGGAUCGUCGUUUAGUUUGCUUGUAGUAAGAGUAUAAGCUAGUGUGUGCUGUGCUUCGUUCAAUCCUCUUUCAUGAUGGCUCAGAACACGUUUGAAACAGUUGCACAGGGUUUGUUCCAAUAAGACUGGUCGUAAUGAGAGUAUCAUAACUAGUAUCAUGUAUGCCAACUAGGCAAUUUAGAUGAUGUGGCAUAGAAUUAAAUGAAGAAAGAAAAGGUUGAGUAUCA